AUAAAUCUUUCGUCGUUCAUCCCAGUGAACACGCAGAAAGCGCGGGCCACUGCGGUAGGCGCUUUCAAGCGGAUGCUGGAAGAUGAACAGGUUAGUCUUGAGUACUUACAAGCUAGCCUGGAAUCUGACUCAACCGGCAAGCGCUUGAUAGCGACAAUGGAUCGUUUUGGGUACUAUCUGGUCACUAAUGAAGGUAAGAAAGGUAAGCUUGCACGUAAUACGGCGGUUUCCUACUACAGAAAUGUUAAGCUUUGGCUUUUCGAUCUGUAUCCGCACGUAAGGAAGACGACGGAGCUACAGCUCCUGAAGCAAAGCAAAACUCUAGAUAAACAUUGUUUGAAAAGAGAAAAGGGCGGAUUUAUUAAUAAGGCGCCUCCCUGUACGAAGGAGGACUUACGUGCUCUAACUGAUUUUGUCUACAGCACUGCGCGCGUGAAUUCUGACUACCAGGGCGCUACGCUUGGUUGCUUGAUGUGGCACUGCUUCGGCCGCUCCUCGGACCUCGGCUACAUCCAAAAGUAG